AUGGCCGGAUACGAUAGACAUCUAUCGAUGAGAGAACAGAGGAGAGACGGGCACGACGAAUACGAAACGAUAGAGCAAAAGACGAGCAAAAGAGGCGCCUAUCACCAGAAAUCCAGACAUCCGCUACGUCGCAAGGAGCAGGAUAGAUCGGAUAGAGGCCGUGCUGAUUCCUAUCGUCGACGUUCUUCGCUCCAUCGAACCGAUCAGGGACGAGGUGGAGGGAGAAGAACCGCGUCCCCAUCCCCACACGACGAUUCUGCUGCUCAAGAACAGCGCAAGUCUUGCCCAGAGCAACAGGUAAGGGUCCGACAAGAUGAAGAGGCACAUUCACAUUCACAGUUGGAGGAAUACAAGCGACUGAGGAGUGCUUCACCACCCUUUUCGCGUCGCCGCCACUCUUCCGUUAGCAGACGACAAGCCCGUGGUGGUAGUGAUGACUAUGCCCGGAAGCAUGGGAAAUUUCGAGAGCACAGCAAUUUUCCAAAGAGAAAUCACCUUUCAGACAAGGGGAAUCGACACGCUAACGAUUUUAUUGAAGAUUUUGCUGGGACGAGCUCUAGAUCGCAUCCCCCGUCCGACGAGCAGAGUCACCUUACCGCUUCCCCAAGACCUUUUGCUCCCCCAUUCCCUCGCAAUAUAGAUCCCCAUUCCCGACCAGCGUCGCGGUACCCGCUUACUUCUAGAGCCUCGCAUUACCGUUCCCCUUCUGCCUCAUCCUUUCGCCCCCUAGAACCCGUUUCGAGCGACCAUUCAAAGCCCGGUUAUUCUCCUUUACCGAUCGCAAGCGUGUGUAAAGACAGCAGCAGACAGAGAACCAAUAACGACGAACACAUGCGUGACACAUAUCCUGUACAUGGUGUAAGGCCGGCAGAAGCCCGGUCUUCACGGCGGCCGUCACAUCCGUCUGUUGAUACUCGUCAGACAUACACCACAUCACCACAGUAUGUAACUCCCACCAGCUCCAGGCACGAAUCUCCGCAGUCUGCCUCCCCUUAUAGUGGUGACAAUCCAGCUAUCCGCCUCAAAGUGCACCACCGAGCCAAUAUUAUCAAGGUCAACCACCCAGCUCAGGGCAUCUUCCACCCGGCUAUUCCGCUCAGGCCUAUAGAGGAAGUAGCUCGUCAUAUCGUGCACCCGCCGCCUCUUCCAAUGCAAAUACCCUCUGAAGAGCAGAUGUCUCUCGAUACCGAUGAAGAGGAUAACCCUUUUCGGCCGUCGAAAGAACUUCAGGUGGAGGAUCAAGGGGCGGCAGGUGAUCUAGAACGCCCGGAACCUCCUCCUAAACGUCAGCCGGCCAGCACCACUUCACAGCCAAAGGAAUCUGGGAAAUUCAGCUUUGCAUUCAAAACAAAACCUACCCCUUCUCAAGCUCCAAAACCGAUUCCUGACCUAACGCAUAAAAUGCGUGAACCUCCUCGGCCUUUGGAGCUCCCAAAAACAAAGCCCCAGUCCGUGACCUCUAAAUUGAAACACGAAACCCGCUCUGAUCGUCGGGAUGACCGUCGUGACCCCCGUCGUGCAGAGCGUCGGUUUGACGCUUGGGAUGAAAGGCGGCGGGAGCGACGAGACGACCGACGAGAGUCUCGGCCUGAAAAACGAAAAGACCGUACGACUGAGCGCUCAAAGCCUAAGAAGAAGAUACUCACUCGUAUGAAACCCAGACCAACUCUGUCUGAAGAGUUUUCCCGUGCAGACUCUGUAUAUUACCGCAAACCUGGAAACGAGUCUGUGGUGGGAGCUGGUACUUACGGCAAAGUUUUCAAGGCCGUACAUGUUUUUACAAAGAACAUGGUUGCCUUGAAACGAAUACGCAUGGAGGGAGAGAAGGAUGGAUUUCCUAUCACUGCCGUUCGAGAAAUAAGGCUUCUCCAACAUCUGCAUCAUCAGAAUGUGGUAAGCCUGCAGGAGGUAAUGGUGGAAAAAAACGAGUGCUUUAUGGUGUUCGAAUAUCUUUCCCACGACCUUACUGGUCUCAUCAACCACCCUACCUUCGUACUUUCAGCAGCACACAAGAAACAUCUUGCGAAACAAAUGUUUGAAGGAUUGAACUACCUACACCACCGUGGAGUACUUCAUCGAGAUAUCAAGGCAGCAAACAUUCUCAUCAGCAAUCAAGGCCAACUCAAAUUUGCAGAUUUUGGACUUGCUAGGUUCUUUUCCAAGUCACGGCAACUCGACUAUACCAACCGAGUUAUCACAAUAUGGUAUAGGCCUCCAGAGCUCCUCCUCGGAGAGACUCGAUACGGCCCCGCGGUCGACAUUUGGAGUGCUGCGUGCGUUUACAUGGAGAUGUUUACCAAGAAGGCCAUUUUCCCUGGAGAUGGCAGUGAGCUCAAUCAAAUAGAUAAACUUUACAACUCCCUUGGAACCCCUACAAGAGCCGACUGGCCAGAUAUUAUCGACAUGCCCUGGUUUGAACUCAUGCGGCCCGCUGAGAGAAAGAAGAGGGCGUUUGAGGAUUUAUAUCGGGAUUCUUUAUCUCCCGCAGCCCUUGACCUUGUUGCUAGCAUAUUUCAGUAUGAUGCUAGUAAACGACCGUCUGCAGAGGAAAUUCUUGCCCAUCCUUACUUUGUGUCCGAGGAACCCAGGCCACAGCAAGCUAUGGAACUCGCAGACGUAGAAGGCGAUUGGCAUGAGUUCGAAUCCAAAGCCCACCGGAAAGAGAAGGAUAAAGAAGCUCGCCGUGCAGAACAACGAGAAAGAGAAAAGCGGAAAAUAGCCGGCUCUACCGAACUAAGUGAGGAUAGGGAAUCCAAACGCACAAGGCUCGACGACAGUGCACCAACCUCGCAGGGUGCAGAGACAGAGAACUAA